UAUCUAGCUGUCCUUGAUAAUGGUAAUGUUUGUAUUGUACCAAGGAAAAAUUGCAACUUAGAUGACACAAUCUUCUGUUUCCAACAAUCACGGGAGGAUCUUACUAACUAUGAUAGCAAACAGGAUCAUGGUAUGGGCAAUGCAGACAUCAAGUAUGGAGAUUCAACAGUACUUAUUCAACACAUGAAGACAGGCCAUUGGCUCUCUUAUAUGGUUGUUGAAAGUGUUGUUGGAGGAAGAGCAGCUGAGAGGAAGGUAGUGAUGUUGCCAGAGGGUCAUAUGGAUGAUGGGUUCUCGGUUGUGAGAGCAAGGGCGGAGGAGUCAAGAUCAGCCGCAAUCAUCAGAAAGAGCUCAUUGCUUUUCAAUCAGUUCUUUGACGCUUUGGACUCCUUGAGGGCCGAGAAGGAGGAUGACCAGCUGGCCUGGAAUAGCUUUGACCUUGGCUCUGUGGUUGAUAUACUCCAGGAUCUUAUAGAGUACUUCUCGGAGCCAGAGGAAGACGAAGAUCAUGAAGAGAAACAAAAGAAAUUAAAAGCCUUGAGGAAUCGACAGGAUCUGUUCCAUGAAGAGGGUAUGGUCAAACUGGUGCUGGAAACCAUUGACAAGCUGAGCAUCUUCAAGAGUGGACGGGACUUUGCUGCAAUAGUAGGAGAGGAUGCAGGAGACCUCUGGCAAGACAUCGUCACCUACCUCUACAAACUCCUUGCCGCCAUAAUCAGGCAUAACCACAACAACUGUGCCUUAUUUGCCCAGUCAGUCAGGUUGGAUUGGCUUAUUAACAGACUAGAGAGUCAACAAGCAUCAAAAGGUGUGUUGGAGGUGUUACAUUGUGUCCUCCUUGGUAGUCCUGAAGCUCUUAACAUCAUCAAAGAGAACCACAUCAAAUCAAUGAUAUCACAGCUAGAAAAACAUGGCAGAGAUCCAAAGGUGUUGGAUGUUCUAUGCUCGCUGUGUGUUGGCAAUGGUGUAGCAGUACGAUCCAAUCAGAACCUUAUAUGUGACAACCUUCUUCCUUCAAGAGAUCUCCUCCUUCAGACAGCAGUAGUUGAUGAAGUAGUUUGUAUGCGUCCCAAUGUGAGCAUCUGUGUGAAUAAGAAGAGCACAGUCUAUAAGAAAUGGUACUUUGAGGUUGCCAUCGACAAGCAGGAAGCGGCCACAUCCAGACCCGUACACUUCAGAGUAGGGUGGGCAACGACUUCGGGGUUCCGCACCUACCUGAGGGGCGGGGAAGGAUGGGGAAACUCGGGGGUCGGUGAUGACCUUUACUCCUUCGGCUUUGAUGGCAUGAAUCUGUGGACAGGUGGUGUCAGCAAGGCUGCUCCAUGGAGUGGGAAUCGUCUCUUGUCCAGGGGUGACAUUGUUGGUGUGUGCUUUGACCUCAGUGUGCCUCGCAUCCUCUAUCAUGUCAACGGAAGCCCUAUCAAGGCUUCCUUUGAAGGCAUCAAUCUAGAGGGCAUGUUCUUUCCUGUACUUAGUUUCUCUGCUAGGGUUAGUGCUCGAUUCAUCCUUGGAGGCAAACACGGUCGAUUCAAGUACUCACCACCUAAGGGUUUUGCUGCUGUGUGUGAGAGUGUUCUCCCCAAGGAGAGACUCAAGAUAGAGCCUUGCUUCUCCUUGGGUGAUGUCAACGAGGGCAUCAUCCAAGGACCUACUGCCUCCCAGGAUCAUUCAGCAUUCAUCCCAGCUCCCGUAGACACCUCUGCUGUGAGUCUUCCAGGUUACAUUGAGAUGUUGAGGGACAAGCUAGCUGAGAACAUACAUGAACUCUGGUGUAUGAACAAGAUAGAGGCUGGAUGGACAUGGGGACCGGUUCGAGAUGAUGCCAAGAAGGUCCAUGAUAGUCUGAUGUUCUUCUCAAGCCUUUCAGAACAAGAAAAGAAUUUUGACAUCACCAUGGCUUACGAGACCCUAAGAACACUGAUUGCAUUGGGUUAUCACAUCAGCAUUGAUGAGGAGACAUCUAAAUCAACACUCAAGAGACUCAGACUUCCUAUGAACUAUUUGAUGUCUAAUGGAUACAAGCCAGCACCUUACAACCUCUCCAACAUCCAUCUCAACCCUAAGAUGGAGAAGCUGGUGGAACUAUUGGCUGAGAAUGCUCAUAAUGUAUGGGCCAAGGACAGGAUAGCCCAAGGAUGGACCUAUGGUCUCUCUGAGGAAACGUCUUACAAGCGAAACCCGCAGCUGGUCCCAUACAAUCAACUUAAUGACCAAGCUAAGAAGCUCAACAGGGAUACUGCUAGUGAGACUAUUAGGACUAUCCUAGGCUUUGGCUAUGCUCUGGAACCACCUACCUCGGAAGGUCAAGAUCUAUCAUUCAGAGGUUUAGCAAGAGAGAUGUCUGAUAAGAAACAGCACACAAGAACAUUCAGAGCAGAGAAGAGCUAUGCAGUAACAUCAGGGAAAUGGUACUUUGAAUUUGAAGCAGUGACAAGUGGGUAUAUGCGAGUCGGCUGGGGGCGCCCUUCUAUAGCAGCAGGUGCAGAAAUUGGAACAGGUGGCAUAUCAUAUGUCUUUGACGGUUUCCUGGCACGGAAGUGGCACCAAGGUUCAGAAACCUUUGGCAAGACGUGGAGUGAGACGGAUGUGAUCGGCUGUAUGCUAAACCUGGUGGAUAACACCAUAAGUUUUACCAUGAAUGGAGAGUUUCUGAGUGAUUCUGUUGGAUCUGAGAUGGCUUUCCUUGACAUUGAGAUUGGUGAAGGAUUUGUACCAGUAUGCAUGCUCGCAGCUGGUGAGAAGGCACAUCUACACUUUGGGCAGGAUGUGAAUGAUCUGAAAUACUUCACUGUGUGUGGACUACAAGAGGGCUAUGAACCAUUCUGUGUGAACAUGAAGAAGUCAAUGCCCCUGUGGUACUCUAAGAGUCAGCCUAUGUUCCAGUCUAUUAUUGAAGAUGAACAUGAUAGAUUAGGAGUCACCAGGAUACCAGCUGGUAUCGAGGGUCCACCUUGUUUGAAGGUGUCCCACAAGAAGUGUGGUACCGUGGAGAACCUACCAACAGAAUACCUUCGUCUGAGUAUGCCUGUGGUCUGCAAGGAUUUCCCUACAAGUGGCGAGAUGGUUCUGUCUAUCCCAGUACCCAUCCUUUCACCUGGUAACAAGCGUGGUCAGUGGAUCCAGCAUGGUGCGGCUAGUCUAGACCUUAGUGAGUCAGACUCCAUCGAUGGAUCCAACCGUAGGGCUAGGUCUGGUCUGGACAAGAUGGUGGUUACUAACGGUUACAGGAGCAGCACCUUGGAGAGUGACUCUGAUUUUGACACGAGUGUCCCCGACCCCAAGCCAACACCACCCCCUUCCAAUCAUCAUCCCCAUCAUCACAAGGGCCGUCGUCACAGGCUAUUACAGAAACACAAGGUGAUAGAUACUGAUGCUAUAGAUGUAGAUGGAAGAGUCAAUGGCUACAAUGGAGAUACCAAAGAACUCACCAAGAAAGAGAAGAAGAAACUAGCCUCUCUUCCUCUAGGACGCAAGAUCCCUAUGUCCCGUGCUGCCUCCAGCGAAACAUCCACCGUCCAGUCCCCCGACUCCUCCUUCGAGCGGUCUGGCCCUUCUCCUGCCAAGUCCAAGCGGAGCAAGUUCACCAAGAGUGCCAGCAUGGAUUCCGGUGCCAAACACCCUGAGGAUACUCUUGCCAAACCCUCAGGGUAUGAGGUCGACGGUCAGCGCAGUCCUGGAGCUGCUAGGCGGGGGAAGAAGUCAGACAGGCUGAGGACACCGGAAGCAUCACCUCCCGGUACCCUGACCCGCGAGUACAUCCCGUUGAAGAGUGACAAUGAAGGGUCGGUUGGGUCCGACAACCACGGUCGCCCUCGCCUGGCCAAGCUGAACUCGAUGGGAAGCAGCUUCGAUGUCUUCAGCAAGUCCAUUGACAUCAUGUCUGAUAUCAGUGAGGCUGAUUCCAUUGACCUGAGCGUGAUGACCAAGUUCUAUUUCUCUGUUAGGAUCUUUCCAGGUCAAGAUCCGACUGAUAUCCAUGUUGGAUGGGUCACACCAGGAUACCAUCACUACUCACCUCACUUUGAUCCUUCUAAGACCAGUGAAGUCACCGUCAACAUGCUUGGAGAGAAUGGAGGAAUUCAAGAAACGUCCAAGAGGCGUGACUGCUUCACAGUGUGUGUUGGUGACCACAUGGAUCUGCUCAUCACACCUGAAGGGCGUAGGAUCUCAUCAGGCUUGGUUGUUGGAUGUAUCGUGGAUGCUUCCAACGGUGAACUCAAUUUCACUAUCAACGGUAGAGAUAUCAGCACCAAAUAUCAGGUUGAACCAAAGACCAAGCUAUUUCCAGCUGUGUUUGUGAAACCCACCAGUAAGGAGAUGCUCCAGUUUGAACUUGGGAGGUCAAAGAUUCUGGAGAGACGAUCCAGCUCAGUGCAAUCAGAAUUCGCUCAUAUGAGCGUCAAUCAGAACUGCCUGCCCCUAUCUGCUGCCUGGUUCCGAGGGGACAGCCACAACCCAACCCCUCAAUGUCCGUCCAGGGUUGAGGUCCAGGAUAUGCAUACCAAUACCUGGGCCAGGGCUCCACUACAGACCAUGAAUGUAGAGACUAAGAAGGUCUCUGACAACAACGGCUGGCUGGUGUCAUGUCCAGAACCAGUAUCUUGGCUAGGUGUCCAUAUACCUGAAGAAAACCGUAGUAUGGAUAUUUUAGAACUGGUGGAGCAUGAGGACCUUCUCAAGUUCCAUGCACAUACAUUGAGGUUAUACUGCAGCGUUUGUUCCCAUGGUAACCACCAUGUCGCCCAUGCCUUGAUCAACCAUGUUAAUGAAGACCAGCUCAUGUAUUGUUUACAGUGCCCAUAUAUUUCUGGUCCUUUGCGGAUAGGUUACUACAAAUUGCUGCAUGCCCUUCAUCUCCAAACCCAUUUCAGUGCUAGGUUAAAAACUCAAGAUGAGUUUAUCAUCCCCCUAAUGACUGGUCCCAAGCCUGUAGAUGAAGAAUUGGACAUUUCUAGUUGUAUGUCCAUCAAACGAGCCUUGAGUACCACCAAGAGUGUCUCCAUCAGACCACAACUUAAUAUAGGACCAUCAGCAGACAGUAGUCAUCAGAGCUUUGGUCAGAGUAUCAAGGCAUCAGAGCAAGCUCCUCCAAGCUUCAACCUCAAGGUGCUCAAGCAGCAUGUCAUAACGUCGUUGGGUGAGGCAGUGGAACACGGUGUGUCCCACUGUCGAGAUCCCAUCGGUGGCAACUAUAAUAACCUCUUUGUGCCUUUGUUACAAUUAUGUGAUGCUCUUCUUGUUAUCGGAGAGUUUGACGAUGAUGACUUGAAGAGUCUUCUUAUUCUCAUUGAUCCUGCUACAUUCGAUGAAACAUACAAAAAAGGUGUAAGUGAUACAGUUGGAAUGCUUCAGAUGCAUCUGGAUGAGCCUGUCAAGCUUGCUAUGUGCUUCCUACUCCAACAUCUCUGUGACAGUCAGCUUAGGCAUCGGGUUGAAUCAAUCAUCAACUUCUCUGAUGACUUUGUAGAAGAAUGCCAAGCAGAUCAACUGAGAAGAUUCUUAGAAGUUAGAAACACUGACAUGCCUCCUGUCAUAGCGGCCAAGAAAACCAGAGAAUUCAGAUCUACCCCUCAAGAGCAGAUGCGGAUGCUACUGAACUUCAAGGAAGGUGAUGAUGGGAUGUGUCCUUGCCGGGAGGAUCUUCGGUCGGUCCUACAGGAGUUCCAUUCCACCUUGGCCAAGCACUGUGGUGUGCAUGAGACCCAAGAGGAGAGGAACAACGAUGGUGGAGGGGUAAUCAGACGGUUCCUCUCAUGGUUGUCUGGUAGGAGGAAAGAUGCCAGUCCUGUAGGGGCCAUCACGCAGGAAAAGUUCUCAAGUGACUCCCUUUCCCAUCUAAUCUCCAACACAAUGAUCAAAUGGGCUGAAGAGAAGCAUAUUGAGGACCCUACCUUGGUGAGAGAGAUGUUCAAUCUAUUACAUCGUCAGUAUGAUGGAGUAGGAGAGCUUUGCCGUGCCUUGCAGAAAUCUUACGUCGUAAGCAGCAAUCAGUGUGAUGACAUCGUUCACCUCUUGACCUCGCUAGGUCAGAUCAGGUCAUUGCUGACCGUUCAGAUGGGAUCAGUAGAAGAGGAAGCACUCAUUAAACAUCUCUGGGAGUUGACGGACAACAAGGUAUUCUACCAGCAUCCAGACCUUAUGAGGGCUUUGUGUGUCCACGAGACUGUCAUGAAUGUGAUGGUCAAUGUUCUUGAGAAGCAUCAGACGUCCAUCCAACUUACCAGUGAUCAGGAGGCCGAGUCCGCUGCCCAGAGCCAGGGAGGGGCUGCAGCAAGCACAGCAGCCACACCCAAAUCACAGCAGAUGUGCGUUUACAGGUUCCUGGCCCGCCAGGCCCGGAUGUGCCGUUCCGAGGACAGGUUUGCCCGUGAGCUCAUCGCCAGCUGCUGCCGAUUCCUCUGCUACUUCUGCCGCACCAGCCGGCAGAAUCAGAGGGCGCUGUUUGAUAAACUCCUCUACCUCCUUGAUCACGGCUUCAUAGGGCUGUCUUACCCAUCAUUACGAGGUUCCUGCCCCUUGGAUGUAGCUGCUGCCUCCCUGAUGGACAACAAUGAACUAGCCCUCGCACUCAGGGAACAGCACCUGGAGAAAGUCAUCACCUUCUUGUCUAGGUGCGGGGUGCAGGACAACGCCCGUCUGAGGGCCAUGGGGAAACCCCUCACUGGAUGGGACCCUCUAGAUGGAGAGCGGUAUCUGGAUUUCAUGAGGCAUGCUGUGUGGGUCAAUGGAGAGACUGUUGAAGAGAAUGCUAACCUGAUAGUGAGACUGCUGAUCAGACAUCCUGAGUGCCUUGGCCCAGCCUUGAGAGGGGAAGGAAAGGGCCUCCUAGCAGCCAUGGAGGAGGCUAUUGAUCUCUCAGAGACAGCAGAGGAAGGGUAUCUCAUCUCUGCCCCUACCAUGGCAAUCAGUGAAGAGGAUGGAGAGAGUAGACCCAUUGAUGGUCAAGAUGAUGAAGGUGAUGAGGACGAGGAUGAUGUGGACACUGGUGGAGCCAUCCUGACCUUCUAUGCAACCCUGAUAGAUCUCCUGGGCCGUUGCGCCCCUGAUGAGAACCGCCUCUCACAGGGCAGAACUGAACCCCAGAGGAUCAGGGCCAUCCUGCAGAGUCUGGUCCCUCUGGAUGAUCUGGUUGGGGUGCUCAACCUCAAGUUUGUCCUGCCUUCUCCUCAGAAGAUUUAUGAGAAGAAAGAUGAUGGAGCUGGUAAACCAUUGGGUGCUGAUCUGAAGGGUCUUACCCCAGUCCACAAGGAAGCCAUGCUACUGUUUCUGGAGAGGGUGUAUGGUAUAGGGAAUCAGGAGCUCUUCUUUGAGCUCCUUGAGGUGGGAUUCCUUCCUGAUCUCAGGGCAGCCACAACCAUGGACACGCCCACCACCCAUGACCAUGACAUGGCCCUGGCUCUCAAUCGCUACAUCUGUAAUUCGGUGCUACCCCUCCUAACCCGACACAGUGAGAUGUUUGAGAGUGCUGACCACUAUGCCUCUCUCUUGGAUUCUACUCUCCACACCGUCUACAGGCUGGCCAGCUGUCGGUCACUCACUAGGGGACAGAGGGACACAGUGGCUGAUUUCUUGGUGGCCCUUACAAGGAGUCUGAAGCCUUCCAUGAUGCAGCGGUUACUGCGGAAGCUAAUCAACGAUGUGCCUAUUCUAGCUGAAUACUCUUAUGUGGCCUUAAAGAUUCUCCAGCUUCACUAUGAGCGCUGUGUGACAUACUAUGGUAGCAGUGGUGGAUGGGGUAGCUAUGGAGCUGCUAAUGACGAAGAGAAGAGACUCACUAUGAUGCUGUUCACUGGUCUAUUUGAUGCCCUGGCUGAGAAGGAGUAUGAUGAGGAAUUGUUUGAUAGAGCUUUACCUUGCCUGACAGCCAUAGGAAGUGCCUUGCCUCCAGACUAUAGUAUGUCAUAUCAUGAUGAAAGCUACGUCAGGGAAUCUUGCUUUGAUGCUGAUGGCAUAUACCAACCAAAACCAGUCGACACAAACAAGGUGCUACUGAAUGAAAGCUUGUUGUCUUUCAGUGAUAGAUUUGCUGAGCAUCUUCAUGAUAGCUGGGCUUUAGCAAUGUUUGACAAUGGAUGGACACAUGGCGAAACAGAAAACAGUGCAAUGAAAGAAUCCUUCCUUCUAAGACCUUAUAAGACACUCACAACAAAGGAGAAGGACUCAUACAGAGAGCCAGUAAGGGAGUGUAUCAAAGCUCUCCUUGCAUGGGGCUGGGCUAUAGAGCGAAGCAAAGCAUCAGAACAGCAAUCACAAGCUCAUAGACCUAGGAGAUUAUCAAAAGCAAGUCUGGGUGCAAUGGAGUCUCCCCAUGGUUAUAACCCACGACCCAUUGAUGUCUCAAACAUUACACUCACAAGAGAGAUGCAGAACAUGGCAGAAAGGCUAGCAGAGAAUGCCCAUGAUGUAUGGGCCAAGAAAACCAAGCUAGAAAUGGAACUAAGAGGAAGUGGUUGCCACACCCAAAUGGUGCCCUUUGACAUCUUGACAGACAGUGAGAAGAAGAAAGAUAGAGACAUGGCACAUGCACUGCUCAAGUUCCUUCAAGUGAAUGGAUACAGGUUGCAGAGUGAAGAGGAAGAAGCAAAGAAGAGACACAGCCUAUCUAUGGAUCAUGAUGGCAUCAUCAGAGGACAUAGCACCAUAGAGAAAAGAUUUGCCUUCAAUCUCCUUGACAAACUCCUGCAUUAUGUGGACAAAUCACAGGCAAAUCUCAAACCAAUGAGGCGCAGUCAAGAUGCUUUCCGUUCUUCCAAGAAAGAGAGCUCAGGAGAUAGAGGGUACAAGUUCUUUGCCAAGGUUGUUCUUCCUCUGAUUGAGAAGUACUUCCAGGCUCAUAGCUCUUACUUUGUAGCUGAUCCCAAUGCUCCUCAGGCAGGCAGGUCAGGUGGAUCAUCCACUCGGGAGAAAGAACUUGUAUCAAGUCUGUUCUGCAAACUUGCACAGCUUAUUCGACAGAAGAUCAAUCUGUUUGGUCGUGACCUGCUCCCCUUCAUUCGCUGUAUAAGAGUGGUUGCCCAGUCAAUAGAUGCAAGGGUGUCUCAUUCAGAUGGGCGAAGUUCUGUUGUGAAGCACAGUGCAGACGCCAUCAAGAAUGGCCUGCUAGUCUUCUUCCGCCAUGCUUCUGAUGACCUCAUUGCUACGGUGGAAUCGGUCACCUCAGGAGGGCGCUUUACACAUAUCAAGUCUGGUCAGGUUCACAAGCACAGCCUGGCCGUCAACUAUGUUCCAGGUGUGCUGGUUCCAGUCUUGAUCAGCCUCUUCCAGCAUCUUGCCAGGCAUAACUAUGGUGCUGAUUUACUUUUGGAUCAAAUCCAGGUGUAUUGCUAUAGAAUUCUCAGCUGUCUCUACAGGCUGGGUGCUGAUCAGUCUAUCUAUGUUAAGAAGUUACGUCCUGCCAUUGGUGAGCUCUUGGCCGCCUUCUCAGGAGCAUUUCCCGUUGCCUUCCUGGAACCACACCUCAACAAGAACAACCCUAACUCUCUGCUAGGACAGAUUGAGCUAAGAGGCUCCACCGUUGAGGGUAAAGAUGAGCUCAUCAAGCUUGCAUCAGGAAUCCCUACACUUCCAGCUGUUGUAACAGAGAUUGAUAAGAUGGCAACGUCAGGAGCCAAGUACGACCAAGCUCCUCAUAUCAUUGAGGUCAUUCUCCCCAUGCUCUGCAGCUAUCUGAAUUACUGGUGGCAACAAGGACCUGAUAACAUCUGUCGCAGACAAGGGAAUUACUGGACUAUGGUAAACUCUGGGAAUCUGAACAACACCCUCGGCAAUGUGCUCACCCUGGUCAAGAACAAUCUUGGUUCGGAGAAUGCACCCUGGAUGUCCCGCAUUGCAGCCACUGCUCAACCAAUAUUAAACGAUGCCCAACCAGAGCUUCUGAAGACCCACUUUGUGCCCGUGGUUGAAAAGCUAGAGGAACGAACAACCAAGGUCUCCAAGGCAGAGGAAGAUCUGAAAAAGGAAUAUCCCAUGGGUGGACAGGAGAUGGAAGAGGCUGAGUUUGCCAUCUUGGAGGAUUACCAUUUGAUAAUCAGGGAUCUCUAUGCCUUCUACCCUCUCCUCGUCAAGUUUGUUGACUCACAAAGGAGUCAGUGGCUCAAGUUACCCUCUCUUGAUGCUGAGAAACUUUACUACAAAGUUUCAUCAAUCUUCAAUUCAUGGGCACGAUCAGCAAACUUCCGUCGUGAGGAGCAGAACUACGUGGCCCAGACUGAGGUGGACAGUUCGGCCGCUCUGACCUCCGCGAUGUCCAAGUCUGGCGGUGGUGGCGGGAGCAGCAACUCUCCCUACGGGGGUAGCCUCCCGGGGGAUCCGCCGAAGCUCCAGUCGACCGCACCUAAGCGUCCGGACGGUCAGCACGGGAGUCCACCCAGCCUGAUCCUGGCUGCUCUCAAGAGACUGCUCCCCAUUGGAAUGAAUCAGUAUGGUGCUAGAGAACAGGAACUGGUCCAACAGGCAAAGCUCAGGUUUGGACAGAAAGAGACAGACAAGGAAGUGCGUGACUACCUACUCCAGCAGCUGCAUAUUCAAGAGAAAGAGAAGCAAACAGACUCUAAAGGAUGGCAGCGUCAUCUAUACAACAAGAUGGCUGCCAGUAAGCUGGUUCAGGUGGUUGAACUUACCAAGGAUAAGGUGAUUGAACGCAUCAUCAACAUGGCCCAAGUCCUCCAUCGACUUCAUCAGAUGGAGCACCCAUCGGUGUCUAAGAAGAGUGCAUGGAGAAGGCUGAUGUCUGCUCAGCGUAAGAGAGCUAUCAUGGCCUGCUUCAGAAUGAUACCACUCCACCAUCUACCAAGACAUCGGGCAAUUAACUAUUUCCUCAAGGCUUAUAAAGAGAAAUGGCUGAGCAAUGAAGAGUCAGCCCAACAUCUCUUGAUUGAUGAUUUAACUAAAUGCAGUUCUGAAGAGCUGCAGGAGUUUGAGCCAGAGAAUGUGAAAGAUCCCCUCUAUCAACUAAUCUUGACCUUCAGUCGAGCCUUUGGACUUCAACAGGAUAUGUUAGAUGAAGAUUUCCUGUAUCAGUCCUAUGCUGACAUCAUGAGCAAAAGCUGUAGCGGAGGAGAGGAUGAUGACGAUGAUGAUGAAGAAGGAGAAGAGAAUGGGACAUCCUUCCAGGAGCAAGAGAUGGAGAAACAGAAGCUGUUGUCAGAGCAGGCUAGGCUGGCUGAGAGAGGGUGUGCAGAGAUGGUGCUUCUUCUUAUAAGUGCAAGCAAAGACAGAACCCGCUAUUCCUAUGGAAACACAGGAAGGGAUUCAUGUCUUUCAAUGACAAUGGUGUAUUGA